GUCAAGGACCUGGCCUUUGUCGACCCCGAUGACUGCACCCCCCUGCAGACCGUCACUCGCUUCUACCGCCGCCCGCUCCACUGCGUCUUCAACGACACACGCCUCGACACACUGCUUGAGGAGUUCAAGAAGGGAAAGUCCCACCUGGCCAUCGUGCAGCGGGUGAACAAUGAAGGGGAAGGAGACCCAUUCUACGAGGUGAUGGGCAUUGUCACCCUGGAGGAUGUCAUUGAGGAGAUCAUCAAAUCCGAGAUCCUGGAUGAGACGGAUCUGUACACGGACAAUCGGAAGAAGGAGCGGGUGCCCCACAGGGGACGCAAGCCUCAGGACUUCUCCAUCUUCAGGCUCUCAGACAGCGAGAUGAAGGUGAAGAUCUCCCCACAGCUUCUCCUGGCUACACAUCGGUUCAUGGCAACAGAAGUGGAGCCUUUCAAGUCCCCCUACCUCUCCGAGAAGAUCCUGCUGCGGCUCCUGAAACACCCCAAUGUCAUCCAGGAGCUCAAGUACGACCAAAAGAACAAGAAGGCAGUGGAGCAUUACCUCUACCAGCGCAACCGCCCUGUUGACUACUUCAUCCUCAUCCUGCAGGGGAAAGUGGAGGUGGAGGUUGGCAAGGAAGGGCUGCGGUUUGAGAAUGGGGCAUUCACCUACUAUGGGGUCCCUGCCAUCAUGGCUGUUGUCUCCUCAGAUAACGACGUGAGGAAAGUGGGCAGCCUGGCUGGAUCCUCCUUCCUACUGAACAGGUCACCGUCGCGGUGCAGCGGGCUCAACCGCUCCGAGUCCCCCAGCCGGGAGCACAACGACUACGGGGGUAGCACCACGCAGCUCCACAGCAGCAGCAACAACAUCUACACACCUGACUACUCUGUGCACAUCCUCUGUGAUGUGCAGUUUGUCAAGGUCACCCGGCAGCAGUACCACAACGCACUGGUGGCCAGCCGCAUGGACAGCUCGCCCCAGUCCCCCGACAUGGAGGCCUUUGACAGGGAUUCAACCAAGGCCUCGACCACACGGGGAACCCCACAAACGCCUAAAGAGGACCCCACCACCCUCCUGAAUGAGAGGAACAGCGUCAUGUGCAGCCGCUCCGAGGGGCUGCGCAGUCCCAGCGAGUCGGUGUUCCUGCGCAUGGAGGGUAUCCCAUUCAUCCAGGAGGAGCUGGCCGACAACGAGGAGAACAGCAAGCGGCAGAGUGGGCACAAGCAGCGGCCAUCGCUGGAGGGUGAGAAGACGCCAGAUGAGAGCUCCAAUCUCGCCCCAUUAAUCACCUGA